UCGAAACAUGUUUUACUCGCAUACGCUGUUGGCUCGGAAAACGGCGUUGGGGACGGUGUGGUGCGCGGCACAUCUCCAGCACCGUCUCAACAAGAAGGACUACGACAAGACCAAAAUUCCUCUCGUUGUUGAUGCCAUCAUGUUUGGGGAGGUUCCCCUUGCACUGCGGACGUCGAGCUACCUUCUGCUUGGUGUUGUACGAAUUUAUUCAAAGCAAAUCGAUUAUUUGAAACAUGAUUUUGAUGUUUUGGUGAUGGAGUUACGAAGAAUGCAUUCGCACACUUCGACGAAACUCACUCUGCCUGAGAAUGCUUACCAGGCUUCUUUUCAUUCCAUCACUUUGCCGGAGACUUUCGAACUUGAUGCUCUCGAAUUGGAUAGUGAUAUUUAUCGUGAUGGGAUUCCAGAUAAUCAUCUCAGGAGUCAAGAGGAGAUCACUCUAGCAGAACAAGUUCCUUUUGGAAGAGAUGCUUAUGUUGCUAUAUCUUUCGAUGAGGAUAUCAUGAUAGAUUUAUCCCAUCCUAGGGAGGCUCCUGAUUUAGGGUUCAUAUCAAUGGAAGAUGACGUGCUCCCUCCACCUCCUACGGAUAGCACUAUGGAUGUUGAAGGCCUAAUUGGUGAGGAUGAUGUACUUAACAUGAGACCCGGCGAGGACAACAUGCAACAAAGUGUUCCAGGAGUUGAAGUUCCGGAUUCUAUGAAUGUUCAAGAUUUUGGUCCAAGUAAUCAGGGCAUGCGUGAUGAUGAUAACUCUACCCAACAUGUUCCAGAAAUUGAAGUUUUACGAGAGGCUGCCCCUGAUUUUAGUCCAAGAGACCUUCCUAUGGUGCCUCCCGUUGGCCGUGAUGACAUGUCUGAACCAUGUCAUCCUAUAGAUGAGAAUAUAAACCAAGAAAAUCUUUCACCAAUCAUGGAAGACGUGGUGACUCUUCCAAAGACAUCAUUACCAUUUGAGGAAAGUGCAGGACCUCCAACUUCUGCAACUUCACAAGAGGCGUUUGAAAUGAUUGAUACGCAUAUUAUGUUUGGAGCAGGGCAGUCUCCCAUGGAACUUGUUCUUCAACCAAAUGCUCAAGAGACAAAGCCAAGAUCAAGGAAGAGAAAACAGUUCUUUGACAAGUCCACUGUGUUGACUAACAAAUUUUUGAAAAAGGCUCUUGAAGAUUCGAGUGAUUUACUGCGUGAGAGGAGAAACAUUCCAAGCACUUCUUUGGAUGUUUGGAAGUUAAACAACAGCUUGAGAAAAGAUGAAAUUUUCUAUCAUCCUUUGAUAACUGGUUUUUGUCAUGAUCUUAGUGAUAUGUUUAACAUGAACUACAUUGCCACAAAAUGUUCAACAUCCUUGAAGGAAGCUUCCGUGGAUAGUGGGAAUGCUAGAAACGUUGCUUCAACAGGCAAAACUAUUUUGGAUCGAGCAGAUGCCCCAUCUCCAGCUCCAGAAGUUUCUUCCUCACCACAUACCAUAAUUCCACCCACUGUCGAUCCUGCUUCUGCUUCCUUUUCUGAAAUGGAAAUUGAACAUCUUCGUGAUGUUGAAGGCAAUAGUGGGGAUGAUACUUUGGCAAACUUAGUUGCUUCUUCGCCAAGGUUCAUGCCCUCUCCUAGGCAUUCUGAAGGUUUAGGCUCACCAUCAGCAGUUAUUACAUCCACUAGAGUGCUGUCAACACCUGGACUAAUAUCAACCGAACCUUCAAAAUCUGUGUUUGAAACUCCCAGAACAAUUGACGAGGGAAUUGGUGGAGAAAAUGUCACAUUCUCGGAUAUUCCCGAGCUGAUGAAUACUGCAGAUGAGGAACUUUAUUUUCUGGAAGCAGAUAACUCACCACCUGGCUCUCAGGGAACUCGAAGAGUUGACUCAUUAUCAGUGAGAACUAGGGCUGUGGGUCGAUAUUUAAUGAGUCUGUCUCCAGUAAAACCAAUCUCCGAGCCCUCGAGUCAAGAUCUUUCUUUGAACAACAUCCUAGAAGGGAAAAGAAGAAAGCUAUGUGCACGGAUGUUUUAUGAGAUGCUGGUUUUGAAGAGUUAUGAUCUCAUUGAUGUACAACAAGAUGAACCUUAUGGUGACAUCACUUUGAAGUUGACUCAAAAGCUUUCUAAGGCUCAAAUAUAACUCAAGUUACAUAUUUGGCUGAGGUGGAUCUUGCUGCAGCUCAUUGGUUUUGAAGAGUUGGAAGGAGCAUUUUGUUAAUCACUGCACAGUUGCAAAUUUUGACCAUUGUACAGAUGCAUGCAUGUUUUGCCAUAUUUUACUUGUAAUAUGUAUAGUCUAAACUAUCUUCAGGGUAAUGGUAUCUAUAGUUUAUUUAUUUUGCACAUCAUAAUAUAUGUAGUUUGUGAAUUUAUAAAUCAUAUCUUGAAUUGACACAUGAGUCACGUGUAUUGAUUCUAUAAAGAUUAAUGAUAAAAUUUAAUAAAAUUACAUGAUUUAUAGAUUUUGCAAAGUACAGGGGUCUGGAAUUCCUUUUAAAAGGUUAAGAUAUUAGUAUAAAUUACAAGUCACUGCAUACAUUAUGGAGUAAAGAAACACAAGAAUCCAUGCGGUCAAGUCUAGGUAACUUUCUUUUACCUUAUUUAAGGUGUAUUUGGGAGUGAUGAUAGAAUUAGUGAUUUAAAAAAAAGAUUCAAGUAUAAUUGAUUUUUGUUACUUCCCUAAAAUCAAUUUUUUGAUUUGCCAAACAU